AUGAUGUACUUCCUCCCACUGAGGCAGCCCAUCACAAUUGGUGCCAAUACUGAGAACAAGAUUGUGCUACAGGGUCUGGGGAUGCCAGAACAUCUCUGCGAGAUUGAGAACCUCCCAGAGGGUGUGGUGGUCAGCACCUGCCAGCAGCCAGAAACUGGACAUCCCGGCUUGAGCAUGAAGGCGGCGUUGUAG